AUGGUCCUCAAAGACAGAAACAGCCACAGCCAGGGUUGGGAAUGGGGAACACGGGGCCAGACCCCCAACCCCAAAGAAGUCCUGAGGGUCGUGGCCCAGGGUGUAAAGGUGAAGUCAGUCCUGCCCAGAGGAAGCCAGGAGGUGCUGGGCAACACGUCUGAGAAGGACAAAAAGGGAGAAGAGGAGGCGGCGGCAGCAGGGGAGCUCUCUGGGGACACAGGGACCUCAGACAAGGGCCACUUUGCCGAAGCUCUGGAGGUGGAGCAAGGAUGCCUGCAGAGGACCAUGGGAUCACUGGAGAUCAGCUCUGAGGCCUUCACCAGGGAGAAGGAGCAUCUGCUCAAUGGUGACCUCAGGCUGGCCUCUUCAAAAGUGGAGACAACUCUCUGGAACCACCUCCUCACCUUGUACAAGCAGCUUCAGAAAUCUGCCAUGGCCAAGGGCUGCAGGUUUGAGGCCUUCUUCACCUUCUCAGUGACCUGGCACAUACUUAGUUUCUUCUCAAGGGUUUCCCCAUGAGGUAAGGAAGAGGAAAUGGAGGAAGAGGGCAACUCAUUUAAGCUAUGUGUCCCAGGCAUCGUCACCCUCCAGUCACCGCUACGUAAGACUUUUAGGUCAACAGAUACAGUGGGUAAGUGCAGUGCCUCCACCUCUCCUCCCAGCCUGCCCAGAGGUUCAAGGAGUCCCCCUUGUCUAGUGGCUCAUGGGUGCGA